UAUAUGAAUUUGCAUAAGCAUUGGGGGGUCAUGUGAACUUUGUCGUACAAACUUCCCGAAGGUCGGCGUCCCAGGCGCGAAAGUGAACGGAUUUAAGUGCAUCGUUUCUUCGUCUGAAAAACGUGCUUUAUUCAUAUAUACUCGGUCUAUAACCUGGAGUAAGGACUGGCUUUGUUUGGACCGCUUUAAAGAAGAUUAGACACUAAAUCGUUAGUGCGUAAAAUCGCUUAUUUUGCUGAUAGGUUCUUCCCUCCACCAUGUCUACGUUCUGGUGCGUGGUUUUGUUGGUGGCAGCAUCCGCACUUCAUGCUCAAUGCCAGAGCGAUGGCGAUCUUCGCCUGAAGGGGUCAGCGGAGCAAUGGGAGGGGCGUGUUGAGGUGUACCAUAACAACUCAUGGGGGACGGUGUGUGAUGACUACUGGGAUAUGAGAGAAGCCAAUGUGGUGUGCAAACAGCUUGGCUUUGCCAGCGCAGUUGUCGCUUUUUCUGUGUCCAUGUUUGGGCAGGGGACUGGGCCAAUAUGGCUCGAUAACCUCCGUUGCGUUGGCAACGAGACCAAGCUUAAAGACUGCCCAAGUAAUGGGUGGGGCAGCCAUAAUUGUAAUCACCGUGAGGACGCUGCUGUCGCAUGUCUACAUGAUGCUCCAGAUGUACCAAAAACGCCAGGAAAUUGUAAUUUCGACAAUGGAAUGUGUGGUUACAUCCAGGCCACCGAUGAUGACUUCGAAUGGACAUUAUUCCAGAACAAAACGCCAUCAUGGAAUACGGGACCUACACAUGACCACACGACGGGUAGAGGGCAUUACAUUUUUAUAGAGACCUCUACACCCCGUGAGCAAGGAGACGAGGCUCGAAUUGAGAGUCCAAUCAUCAAGAGUGGCGGUUGCGUGAAGUUUUAUUACCAUAUGAAGGGAGAAACCAUUGCUGAGUUAAACAUCUAUACAGAUGACGGACAAGACCUCAAUCAAGUGUGGCAUGCUGUCGGUGAAGUAGGCCAGGACUGGAAACAGGGCAACAUACCUAUCACCAAAACACCAUUCAAGCUUGUGUUCGAAGGCGUGGCGGGAACUCAACACACGGGAGACAUUGCAAUAGAUGACAUUACCAUCUUGCCCGACGCGUGCACAAUUCUCCCCACCGAUGCCAAGCCAGUUCCAGUCAACUUGAAGAACAUCUCCAACUACGUACGUCUCGUCGGCGCGAAUGUUUCCAACGCCGGUCGCAUCGAGGUUCUUCACGAGGGCCGAUGGGGUACGGUGUGUGGGGCCCACUUCCAUCUCGCCGCUGCCCGCGUGGUGUGCCGCCAGUUGGGCUACAUGGACGUGGAAAGCCUCGUCCCUUGUUGUAGCAUCUUUCCCCCCGGGAAAGGCUUCAUUUGGCUUGACACGGUCCACUGUGAGGGGAGGGAAGCGGCGCUGUCGAUGUGUCCCCACAGGGGCUGGGGUGCAAGCAGGUGUACACAUACCCAAGAUGUAGGCGUCAUCUGCCGGACAAAGGACACUUUGAAAGACGUGCGUCUCGCUGGCACACAAAACCCGUGGGAUGGUCGAGUCGAGGUCAAGAUCGCAGGCAUUUGGGGGACUGUUAAUGAUAUGGGCUUCGAUACUUUCGACGCCACGGUAGUCUGUCGCCAGCUCGGGUUCCAUGGCGCCACUGGGGCGUACAGUAAUGCGUACUAUGGCAAAGGCUCGGGUCCUGUGUGGAUCAGUCAGGCCAAAUGCCUCGGUAACGAGACCGCGCUCAGAUAUUGCAACGUGACGCAGCACCAGUUCCAGAUGGAUCCGAACUGGCACUGGCCCUGGUGGCGCUAUCCAUUCACUCAUAACCGCGAUGCCGGCGUAGAGUGUUACUCUCUGAGGCUGGCAGGAGGAGCGUCUGCUAACGAGGGGCGAGUGGAAGUGAAGGUUGGGGGAGUUUGGGGAACAAUAUGUAAUGACCAGUGGGACAUCAACGAUGCAAGGGUGGUCUGUCGACAGCUUGGUUUCGGCACGGCGUUAAGCCUUAAACCCAGCGCCACGCCCAAGGUGACGAUGGGGACCUCACCCAUCUGGACACGCUUGCGGUGCAAGGGAAGCGAGUCUGCGCUGGGUCUUUGUAGCUACCAGCCAUUACUUGGAGUCGUACAUACGUGCACACACGAUACUGACGCCAUGCUGGUCUGCGGUAAUCCAUUACCUACAGCCAAACCAACUUUGGGUCCGUUGUAUUGUAGCGCCGAUUGUCCCUCGCAAUCCUGCUACAACAACGACAAACAUGGCGGCAUAUGCAUCUGUGCUAAGUCAAGUAGUGGCUGUGACGCAACUGUCGGUGACAACGUGAUUGACGUCGUUUUUGACAAUUCCGUCAUGGAAGUGGUGAGCAAAUCGGACUACUUUGUGGAAGCAGUAGCAUCACAACUGAAUCAAUUCUGCCGUUCCCACGGAUGUACCUUUCAGAGUACCUCUGCGCAGACCUUUGAGAAGAACGACGUUCUGAUUAUGACUGAUUUCCCGAAGCAGUUCGAGGGAAAUUUAUUAAUGCGCUUCGUCGUGCUUGAUCCCAACAAGUACAGCCACAAGGUUUUCUCGUCUGACACAAUUCACACCAUGAUCAACCAGGAAAACAAGCUGGCGGGGUUCAGUGUUAAGAGUAUUGGCGGCGCUAGCCCCAAGGCAAGCGCAUCCACUGGAGGAAAUUCCACUGUCAAGGUGGUGGUACCGAUCGUGGUGCUGAUCGUGGUCAUCGGGGUCGGGAUUGUCGUCUUUCUUAUGAUAAAGAAGCGAUCCUCUCUCUUUGGUACCAGUGAAAACCCUGCGACCCAACGCUACCUUCACCUGUCACGUGACGCGGGUGAGCACGACGAUCCACUGCUAAAUAUGGAGGACGAGGAUCCGCAUGCGUGACAAGGACCAAUCAGAACCCAGUGUAGAGCGGGCCAAUCAGAACACAAAGUAGAGCGGACCAAUCGAAUCACAAACUAGAGAGGGCCAAAAGAACAAAGUUGACGCCGGAGUAUUGACAGGCCAAUUUCUUAAACUGUUAAUGUAGAAUACUGAGAUUUUCUCUUAUCGAUUGCUCGAUCUUGUAUUAUAACUUCUUGAAUUUUGCAAGUGGUUUUUGACACAGACAUGUACAUUGCGAUUACCCGACGUGCUGGGCUGGGGAUAAAAGUACAAAAUAAAAACAAUAAAAUAUAAUGGACAAUGUAAAACGAGCGAGAUCUUCAAGGGUUUAUAAGCCAAAAGUUCUAUUCACCUUUGAUGAUCUCGCUCGCUUGACAUUGUCCAUUACAUUUUGUUGUCUGUAUUUUGUACUUUUAACCCCAGCCAAAAGGUCUAGGGAGUAGCAUGGCCCCUCAAAUACUUCUAGCAGUUACACCAAUCGACUAUAGUUAAGGUUAGCCGAAGACGUAUGCAAAACAGUAGAUAGAAGAGAACUGCAUUUAUAAACUUCUCCCUUUUGCUUACCAAGGUAUCCCUUGGGGUGAUAAGUAGGGGCCCUGAUGGGACUGGGCCCUGGUAGAGCUGGGUCCUGAUGGGCCUGGGCCCUGAUAGAGCUGGGUCGUGAUGGGACUGGGCCCUGGUAGAGCUGGGUCCUGUUGGGACUGGGCCCUGAUAGAGCUGGGUCCUGAUGGGACUGGGCCCUGAUAGAGCUGGGUCCUGAUGGGACUGGGCCCUGAUAGAGCUGGGUCCUGAUGGGACUGGGCCCUGAUAGAGCUGGGUCCUGAUGGGCCUGGGCCCUGAUAGAGCUGGGUCGUGAUGGGACUGGGCCCUGGUAGAGCUGGGUCCUGUUGGGACUGGGCCCUGAUAGAGCUGGGUCCUGAUGGGACUGGGCCAUGAUAGAGCUGGGUCCUGAUGGGACUGGGCCCUGGUAGAGCUGGGACCUGAUGGGACUGGGCCCUGAUAGAGCUGGGACCUGUUGGGACUGGGCCCUGAUAGAGCUGGGUCCUGAUGGGACAGGACCCUGAUAGAGCUGGGUCCUGAUGGGACUGGGACUUGGGAGAGCUGGGUCCUGAUGGGACUGGGCCAUGAUAGAGCUGGGUCCUGAUGAGACUGGGCCAUGAUAGAGCUGGGUCCUGAUGGGACUGGGCCAUGAUAGAGCUGGGUCCUGAUGGGACUGGGCCCUAAUUGAGCUGGCCUUGAUGGGACUAGGCCCUGAUUGCGUAUAGCGAGUGGAGGUCAGCUUACCCCACUUUUCACCUUAUUUAAUACACCUGUUUCAAUAAACGUUAUCAGUGCAAAUGGCAAAUGGCACUUCUAACACCAAUAACUGCUUAUGGGUAUAAUUAUUUGUAAGAAUAAAGAUGAUUAGUAAUUUUAUCGCAGAAACAUGUUCCUAAAGUAAGUAAAAAUUUGACAAGUUCUAUGGUAACUUUGAUAGAAGAACUGACAUUUGACAAUUUCUAUUUACCGUUUGCACUGACAACGUUAGAGAUAUAAGAGUCUUAUACAACACCUGUGUAAUAAUUUAGUCUUGAAGCGACUCGUCGUUUUAAAACCUGGAAGCAUGUAAAUUUGUUGCCCAGUUGGCAUCAAUGCAAUCCAUAUGCAGACACCGCUUUUAUAAUAUUGUAAUUUUUUGAAAUAAAAUUCAUAGUGUAACUAAGCACAAUAAAGACCCGUGAUUCAA